AUGGCGGAAGCUAAAGGGGACGACUACGACUGGUUUUCAGAAGUUCUGAAAGCCGUUAACAAGGGAUUCGACGAUUCCGAUGAGGUGGUGGUCGUCUGUGAAGUCAACCCUAAUAAGAAGUCAAAAUCACGGAACUCGUCGGUCAGGAAGAAUGUUAAUGUAGAAGACGAUGAUUGUAUCGUUUUGGAAGGUGACCUAGAAAAGGUGGUGACCGACGUUAACGAUAACCAUGAAGAUUCCGAUGAGUUGUUUAUUGUCGGCCAAAAAGGGCAGGUUGCAUGCAGAGAUUUCCCCCAUCCACGGCAUGAUUGUGCUAAAUUUCCUUUCAGAUCAACCUCACAUGAACAGCACUGUGAACUGUGUCAUUGCUUUGUUUGCGACAUGCAAGCACCAUGUUGUUAUUGGGGCUCGGGUAUCUCUAGCACCGAUCAUUGUCAUGCCACUGAUAAAGAGGAGAUUUGGAAGACUCUGCGGAAGAAUAUCAGGCUUGGGAGAAAUGUUUCUGCACCUCCUGUCACUUCUCGUUCUACAGUAGUGCCCCAACAAGCUCCUCGACGUGAUAUUAUUCGGUUGACAACACAAAAUCACGUUUCUAGACCAACUCCUACUGUCACUUCUCAUUGUACAGUAGUGCCCCAACGGAAUCAAGUGCCACAUCGGGACAAUAUUCAAUUGAAUACAAAAAAUCAUGUUUCUAGACCAACUCCAGUUCAAGCUUCUGGGAACUGCAUACCACAAGAUCAUGACUUGAUGCCAUCCAUAAUUCGUGGUUCUUCAUCAUCUACCAGACAUGGGAUUUCAUAUAACCCGAGUGUGGGUAGCCGACAUGUUCUAAAUAAAAGCACUAUUCAGCCACGUUUGGGUUCACGGGAGGUUCUAGGUGUGCAUAAUACUGUAAUUCGAAGGGAUCGGUAUGUUAAGAUUAGGAACUGGGGUUCCCAAUUUGUCCCUUCCAACAUAAUGUCCGAAAGAGUUGACACUGAAGUUACCUCAACAAUGAAUCGCACCUCAUAUGUUCCGUCUGAAAACAUUAUUUCUGCUCAUGCCUCACAGGUUCGACAAAGUCCUGCUUCAGUUACAACAUCAAACGAAGAAACUCAAAUCCCAUUAACCGGCAAAAAGAUUGUUUCGACGCAAGUUUAGUAACAUAUACACAUCAGAUCUCCUCACAGCCGAGUAUGGACUCUGUUUUUACGAACUCAGCACCCUCCCUAUCCUCAGCAAACAGUCGAUGUGUUCCUCAGUCAAAUGUAUACGAAGAUAUCAAUCAUGUUCAGAAUCAAAAUCGUCCUGCAACACAUAAUGGAUUUUCAGAUUUUGACAUUAGUUAGGUGGAUGACAUCGGUCAAAGCAAUCAACCACCUUCUGCUGAUUAUGUACAAUUUCAAACUUCAGGGUCCACAAGUGGGGAAGGACCAUUCAACGUAAAAGAGGGAGAUAAGUCGUACUACAAUGAGCUCGAGAGCUUCCUUUUGGAUGGCCAUUGUCCUUCAGAAGGGUAUCUUACUGCAGGACUUAAUGCACCGUCUCCUCCCGAUCAUAUAUCUCUCGAUACUGGUAUGCUUUUCUUUGAUAUCGAAAGCUCUUGGGAUCGUCUAACUCGUGCAUAGCGGAUUAGCAUUUGCAUGUGCAUGUUCUAAAGAAGUAAUCUGUUCAUUGCUCUACAGUAGACCUUGAAAGAGAAGUAAUCCACAGGUUGCUAUUCUGCUGAGGGGAACUCGGACCUCGGAUCGAAUUGAGUUUAUUUAGUUCAUAUAAUCAUCUUUAGAAGUAUGACUCCCAAUAGUCUGGAGUUGAAAUCUUGAAAUUGGCAACUAUCUUUAAAUUCCCUAGUUAUGGUUUCCUUUGUUUUUAGAGCUUGAGGAGGCCGGAUGAUGUACAAG